UUGCGCCACCGUUAGUAACACUGUACAUUUUUUUGUUUGUAGAUUUUUGGCUGUUUUAUUUAUAGUUUUCCUCUAAAGAAGUUUGCAAUAUUAGCCAAGCACAUUGGUAGCUUCGUCCAGCUCGUAAAUUGUGUGUCGUCGGAAACACAGAUAUAGAUUUAUAUACACGUAUAUAUGUAUAUUUGUAUAGAUAAUUAGAGAACAUUUACUGCCGUAAUAACUGUUAGUUGGCGACCAAUUAAAGUGGAGGGGCAUACAGUACGGCAGGAAAAAGUACGGGCACUGAUUUCGGGCCUUCCAUGUUCCCAGUUCGCCAUUGGUAACAUGUUGAGCGAUGUGGUGGGUGCUGCCGGUCCUGGUGGCGCCCCAGAUCACCAGGAACAGGAGCAACAGCACGAACAGGAAGAGAGUGCUGCGCAGACACCGCCGGUAGAGGAUCCACCUCCAUCCGUACAGGAGCAGCCAAAGACCCCAUCGCAGGAGACCCGCCAUCCGCCGAGUUCCCAUUCCCGGCGGUCAGGCGGUGGUCAGGCACCAUCCAAGAACCAGUCGGGCAACAACGAGUGUCAGUUCUUCUUCGAGGACGAAGUAUUUCGCAUCGAUAAACGGGGUCGCGUCCAUUUCGGGGUGGUUACCGAGACGGCGGAGUCCUAUUCCUCCGACGAGGAUGAGGAGAUGGACGAGAUGCUGUCCAAAGGCGAGGUGCGCGUGGCCUUCUAUCCGGACGGCAAGGAAGUGGUUCACUCAGAACAGGCGAUUGGUCUGGCAGAUCGAACGCUUAUGCCAGGUGAUGUGGUGCGAAGGCGUUUACCGGGACAAAAGGAUCUGGUUGGACAGGCGGGCUACGUGCGGGAUGUUAGUGUGCGCGCCGAUGUCAAGGUUAUUGGGGCAAAGUUGGUCAUCAAAAACGUACCCGCAGAACGUUUGCGACCCAUCUCCGACUGGACCCGGGACGUGGCCGUUUGUCUCGGCACCUGGAUAGGCACAACCAUUUACGUGGACGAGUGUGUCGUGCUCAAAUCUGUAAAUGGCGGCCGUUUGGAGAUCACCUCCAACGAUUUCCUCAAGUUCAAGGAUGCAGUGGUCCCAAGUUCCCACGAGGUCUUCAAUCCGAAUAUCUACUUUCCUGGUAACAUGGUCGUCGGUCGCUUGCCUGCCCCGGAUCGCUACAAGAACCUGACUCCGGACAUCCCCCUGCAAGUCAGUCGCAGGGGUCGAGCAAUGUACACCGUGGAAUCCAUUCGGACUUCAUCCAUUAAUGUGGCUUGGACCUGCCGGGCCAUUUCCCAGUUCGACAAUGCAACCGAUAUCGAUCCUUUAAAGCAGCCAAAGACCACUAUUAAGGGUGAGGAUUUGAACAAUGUCAAACGCCUCAACAUCUACGAAUCCUGCGUUCUGCAAAUUCAUGAUCGAUUCUACCUCAAAUAUUCAAAAUGUGAUUUACUAAUUAAACAAACCGACUGGGAAGAUGAACAAGCGGAAAAAUACCUGCCCAUUUACAACAGCCAGAAAAAAAUGGAGCGCAAGAGCAGCAAGCUGAACUCAUCCCCUUCGAGCAGUGGCAAUGCCCGAAAUGUACCGAAGUUCCGCCGGCUGGCCAACAAAUUUAGUGGAAUGAGACUGCCUCGUCCAGCCAUCGACCAUACUCAAAGGCCGUAUGAUCGCAGUAAAGAGGAGAUGUCAUCGGAUGAAGAGGAGGAAGAAGAGCCAAUUCAACCCAUUGAAAAUGAAGCCAGGGAUCCAGAGUCUAUGCCCACAGCUUCCACAGCCGCUGCAUGUGCAGGUGCCGCUGCAAGCGCAGGUGCCACUGGUGGCGCAGGUGGUGCAUGUGCUGGUGCCCAAGCGCCCAAAGUAACGAUGCGAGCUGCCAAGCGGCGGCAUAUGAAGAAGAAAAUGCGCACUGUGAAGAAAAUGAUUACUUCUCCCUUUAGCAAAAAGGAACUUGCUCCCAAGGACGGCGACGAGAUCGUUGUGGAGACACUGGUCGUGUAUAGUACGGUUACGGUCGUCUGGCAGGAUGGCUCGGUCGAAACGGGUAUUCCUUCCACCCAACUGUAUCCCAUCCAUCAUUUGGACAACCAAGAGUUCUUUCCCGGCGAUUUUGUGAGUAAGGCCAACGAGAACAGCACGGGAGCCACCGACUACGGGGUGAUUCAGUGCGUCGACCAUGACGAACGCAUUGCCAAGGUCAUGUGGUUCAACAUCUAUUCCCAUGUCGACAAUCCAAUUCCGGUCUGCAAAGAAGUAGAGGAGCUCAGCGUUUACGACUUAAAGGACCACUCUGACUACCAAUAUCGACCCGGUUCUAUGGUUAUCCGAGUGUCAAACUUCACGGGCGAAAACGUUGACUCAACUGCCGGCCAGGUGAUAGACAACUACCCCGAUGGACGGGUGCGAGUUUGGUGGGCCAAGGGCCACAUCACCAUGUGCUAUCCGCAGGAUCUGUUCGAGAUCAAUCAUAAUGACCAGGAGCAUGAUCCCUUCGAAUCGGAUGGGUCAGAAGACUCGUGGGAGACGCAGUCGGAGAACAGUCGUGUGGGAUACAAUUUAAGCCUGUCUACUGAUGUGGAAAACGAAGAUCUCAUUCUAAUGGGAAUUUACUACGCAACUGAGGCAAUGAAAAGGUUGGAGAAGAUUUUCCGUAUCCUGCCAGCAAAGGAAAAACCUGAUGUGAUUCUCGAUCUGAUGUCUGUGUACAAAAACUGCCGGUGCCUGGACACAAAGCUCGCUACAAACUUUUUCCACGAAGACCAUUUCCAAGGUAUUGUGCGUUGCAAGCCCUUAAAAAUCGGUUGCUUAGCGGAUGCGGAAACGGAGGCGCCUGCAGAGGUGUUACCCAUCACGACUAGAGUUUCACCAAACAUCAAGCUAGAACUGGACAAUAUUGUUAAUUCAGCUGCGAUCCAGUCUUCAUCGACGCCCACCAAGCGGAAGUCUUCAACGGAAGUGGACGAGGUUCAGUGCAAAAAGAGCACUGAUGAGGUUAUGGAGGAAGAAGAGGAAGAUGGAGCAUCACUGGAUCAACCUCAUCAGAAGGUUUCGCUUACUGAGAGUGAGAAAAAACUAACCUUAACCCAGCUACUGAAGAAGUAUCGCAGCGAGUACAAGGAUUUAAUCGGUCAAGCAAUGGAAAGCAUGGCCAAAGCUUUCGAGAGUCGCACCAAGAAUGAUUCAGGUGUCCAUUCGCGGGGUGAAAACAUCUCGGAUGAUUCAAACAAUCCAGACAACGAUAAUAAAGUGGUGAAGGCGGUGUUCCCAAAGCAGGAAGAGAAAAAACCCAAGGAGGAUGCCUACGUAAUUGAACUGAUAGCCAAGCGCGAUGCGGAUGUUUGCGAGGUCUUCUGUUUUUUGAUCAAGGAGCAAAUGGCCAAGUGCCGAGCAGUGGUCGUUGAAAAGCUUUCCAAGGCAAAACACGUACUAAAGGAUGAGCUGAUAAGCGACUGUGAGGAAGCCAUCGAAGAGGACAACAAUGAUUUGAAGCCAGCGGAAGAUAAGGAAUGUCCAAUGGCAGAUGAUGAUGCUAUGGAACAACCGUUGAAUCUGAAUGCCCUGUCCGAGUCGCUGCCACCCAUUGAUAGCCCCAUGGCCAGCUCCUCGCCCUCUCGUUGUGAAAUUCCUGUUACGCCGCCCGUGUGCGAAAACUGCUUUCAAGUUCUGCCCAAUGCACCGGCUGCCCAUCACUACAUCGGCAACCAGAUAAUCCCGAUCAACAAGGCGCACUAUCAGCGGUCUGUUAAGCGGGAAUACACCAUGCUGCAGGCCUCUCUUCCCCCCGGAGUGAUUGUGCGCGCUUACGAAGAUCGCAUGGACCUCAUGUCCGUAAUGAUGGUGGGUCCGCAGCGCACGCCCUAUCAGAACGCCCUGUUCUUCUUUGACUUUCAAAUGGGUCGCGACUAUCCAAAGAGUCCGCCGGUGUGUCACUACAUAAGCUAUUGCACGGAGCGCCUGAAUCCCAACUUGUACGAGGAAGGCAAGGUGUGUGUAUCGCUGCUGGGAACUUGGUCUGGUCGCGAUAGCGAGGUGUGGUCCUACAGCAGCACCAUGCUGCAGGUGCUCGUCUCCAUACAGGGACUCAUACUGGUCGAUGAGCCCUACUAUAAUGAGGCGGGCUACGAAAAACAAAGAGGCACCCAGCUGGGCAAUGAGAACUCUCGUGUUUACAAUGAGAUGGCCAUCAUAAAAAUUGCUCACUCCACUGUUAAGCAGCUGCAGAAUCCGCCACUCAUCUUCCGCAACGAACUUAUUGAGCACUUCAAGGAGUUUGGCAGUGAACUGCAUGGCCGCAUGCAGGCCUGGUCAGAAUAUUCGGCAGAGGCCCAGCGCCAGCAUAUAACUAGCAUCAAGGACAUGCCCGCCGAUUACAAGGCACCCUGCGAACUACCCGAGUUUCCCCUACUUCCCUGCAGUCGUGGCUUUUGCAUAGCGGUCAAGGGCGUUUUGGGUCAACUUCAUAGCGAACUGACCGCCUUGGGAGCGAAUUUAAAAACUACAGAGCGAAAUGGCAUCGCGGCGGGAACGGGAACUGCGCCGCGUGCAGCUCCGGAGGAGAUCUGAGUGCAGCUUGUUCUGCCCAGCCCAAGCCUGUGAAAAUGGUGCCUAUCAGAUAAAUCACAAGACUUUUGCCGCCCGCGCUUGGGAGUCUGAUCUGGCCCUUGGCAAGGGGCAGCGUUUUAUAGCCACUAUCGAAUCUCGAAUUUUUCUCUACUCUUAUUGCUGGCAAACAGCCUUUUAGUUAAACGAAAUUUCAUAAAAAAACAUAUAAAAAAAGCAAAUUAUAUAUAAAUAUAGCGCGCAAGUAAAAUGAAAAUGGUAUAAUAGAUACGGCUAUUGUAAUGCCAGUCGGUCAGUUUUAUCUAUUUUUAGUUGUUAGGCCAGCAAACAAGUUAAUCAAUUCUCGUUGUAUUUAUUGUGUUGUUCCGAUUAUUGUGAACGCUGGCCUACACGAAUCUUUGUUUAUGCUGUCGCCGUCAUGUUGUAGUAGGCAUUCCACUAGAGCUUAGCUUAGUUAGUUCACCUUCUCCCGUCCCCGAAUCCGCACUAUGUACGUAAUAUUGUAAGCUAGCCAAUGCGAAAAAUGUGAAUAAAUUACCAAUUUUAUUUAUUAUGCCUCCAA